GGUGCCAUUUUUGCCCACCUGAUGGCGCUGCAAAAGUUAUCGAUGUUGUUCCACCUCUAUCCCAGAGCUACAUAAUUGUUUAAUAAACAAUUAAUCACUUAAUAUAAACAAAAACCAGUGCAAAUAGUCAGUGUAAUUUAAAAUAGAGCCUGCUAAUUGACCAUAAGCGAGUCAAACUCUUAUCUCAUACGGAAAAACAACGUCUGAAAACACACACAACACACAGCAACCAACAACAACAAUCAUAAUAAAAACAACAACAACAGCAGCAGCAACAACAACAAAAAAAAACCAACCACAACUCAAAGGAGAUUGAGAUUCGCAACGCAAUCAAAAAUAAAAAAAAAAAAAAAACUUAUAGCAAGAGAAAAAAAAAUGAUAAACGCAAACAAGGCAAAACGCAUAAAUAAAUAGGAAAAUAAUAGCUAAUAUUACUAGCUAGGAGCAAGUGGAAAAGUACAAGCAAAUAAACAGAAAAAGAAAAGAGAAAACAUAUGUACGUUGCGUGAGAGUGACCGUGUGUGUGUGUGUCUGUUUGUGUUUGUGUUUGUGUGUGUGGGAGCGAGAGAGGGGGUACAGGCAAAGGUGGUUAGCCAUAACAACAACAAUAAUAACAAAAACAACACGACAGCAUAAGCAAGACCUUGAAAACUUUAAAAGCAGCGAAAAAAAAAACACAAAAACAGCUCCAAAAUUUAUAAUAACUAAAAAAAAAAUAACAAAAAACUUAACUAUCAAAUAAAAAAAAAAAAGAAAUAAUAAAGAAAUACAAAUCAUAAACUAGCAAAUAGCAAGAAGAAGCAACGAAACUGUUAUGGAGAGUGACGAUUUCCAUUAUAAGCACGGCGCCAAUUAGCGAUUGUCUACUGUGGAGGGAAAAUCCAUAAAACGGAGAGCGGGAGAGAGAGAGAGCUGGAGAACUGUGAAACUGUAAAACUGGAGAAGUGGAGAGAAGGGCGAACAAUCGAGGAAUAACUGUAAGGAAAAGGCAGUGAAAAAAAUGGCAGCAGCCGAAACGGCGGCCCUGGACGUGGCCGGUGGAGGCACUGCAUCGGGAGGUGGAGGUGGUGGUGGUGGUGGUGCUGGCGCCGCCGAGGCGGCCAAUGGCCGGGAAGCACGAAAUCUGGCGGAGAAACAGCGCCGUGACAAGCUCAAUGCCAGCAUCCAGGAGCUGGCCACCAUGGUGCCGCAUGCCGCGGAGUCAUCGCGCCGCCUGGACAAGACCGCCGUCCUUCGAUUCGCCACCCACGGUUUGAGACUGCAGUAUGUGUUCGGGAAGUCGGCGUCCCGACGCCGCCGGAAACACUGCCUCAAGGGCAGCUCCAACUCGAACUCCUCCAUCCCGGCCUCAUUCCCCGGCGAAACGCAGCCGAAUCCCAUCCAGAAUCCCAGCCUGCAUCUCACCGACACCCUGAUGCAGCUGCUGGAGAGCUGCUUCCUGACCCUCACCUGCAGCGGCCAGAUAGUGCUCGUCUCCUCCAGCGUGGAGCAGCUGCUGGGCCACUGCCAGUCGGAUCUGUAUGGCCAGAAUCUGCUCCAGAUCACCCAUCCGGAGGAUCAGGCUCUGUUGCGCCAGCAGCUCAUCCCAAGGGACAUCGAGACCCUGUUCUACCAGCAGCAGAACCACAACCAGCAUAAUCCCCACCAGCAGCACUCCACGUCCACCUCGGCCUCGGCCUCGGGCAGUGACCUGGAGGAGGACGAGCUGGACCAGGAGCAGGAGCGGGAGGAGGACCAACCCUACAACCGACGCACCCCCAGUCCCCGGAGCAUCGCCCAUCUGGCGACCAUCGACGAGCGGCUGCGCUCCGACCGCCGCUGCUUCACCGUCCGCCUGGCCCGGGCCUCCACCCGGGCGGAGGCCACCCGGCACUACGAACGGGUCAAGAUCGACGGCUGUUUCCGGCGCAGUGACUCCUCGCUGACCGGCGGUGCCGCCGCCAACUAUCCCAUUGUGUCCCAGCUGAUCCGUCGCUCCCGGAACAACAAUAUGCUGGCAGCCGCUGCAGCAGCGGCGGCAGCAGCGGAAGCGGCCACCACCAUACCGCCCCAACACGACGCCAUCGCCCAGGCGGCACUGCACGGGAUCAGUGGCAAUGACAUCGUCCUGGUGGCCAUGGCCCGUGUCCUAAGAGAGGAGCGGACGCCGGAGGAGAUGGAGGCCGGUGGGAUGACCUUCUACCGGCAACCGGAACCGUAUCAGUUGGAGUACCGGACGCGGCACCUCAUCGACGGCAGCAUCAUCGACUGUGAUCAAAGGAUCGGCCUGGUGGCCGGCUACAUGAAGGACGAGGUCCGAAACCUGAGCCCAUUCUGCUUCAUGCAUCUGGACGACGUCCGCUGGGUGAUUGUGGCCCUCCGCCAGAUGUACGACUGCAACAGCAACUACGGCGAGAGCUGCUACCGGCUGCUGUCCAGGAAUGGACGAUUCAUCUACCUGCACACCAAGGGAUUCCUCGACAUCGACAGUGGCAGCAACCAGGUGCACUCGUUCCUCUGCGUCAACACGCUGCUGGACGAGGAGGCCGGCCGGCAGAAGGUGCUCGAGAUGAAGGAGAAGUUCUCGACGAUCAUCAAAGCGGACAUGCCCUCCCAGACCACCAGUCCCGAUCUGCCCGCCUCCCAGGCGCCCCAACAGCUCGAAAGGAUCGUCCUGUAUCUGAUUGAGAAUCUGCAGAAGAGCGUGGACUCGGGUGCGGGCACAGCGGCUGCCUCGCCGGGCGCCCAGUCGCUGGAGACCCUCAUGGAUGAUGGCUACAGUUCGCCGGCCAAUACCCUGACCCUGGAGGAACUGGCCCCGUCGCCCACGCCCGCCCUGGCUCUGGUGCCGCCGGCGCCCUCGUCCGUCAAGCACUCCAUCUCCAAGUCGGUCAGUGUCGUGAAUGUGACGGCGGCCCGCAAGUUCCAGCAGGAGCGGCAGCUGCAGCAGCAACAGCAACAACAGCGACCACCGGCGGCAGGUGCCACCCAGGCGGGCGUCAUCCGGCAGCUGAGCAGCUGCCUCAGCGAGACGGAGACCACGUCCUGCACCCUGUCGCCGGCCAGCAGUCUGAGUGCCGGCGAGGCUCCCGACACCCCAGAUCCGCACAGCAAUACGCCGCCGCCACCACCACCGCAACAGCCAGUGCGUCCCAGUGUCCUGCACCGAUCCCUGACCAGCACGCUGCGAUGACGGGCCGACGGUACCUGGUUUGCCUUCUAAACAAAUGGGUGUGGUAAUCUAAGUGGGGACGUCGACGGCAGAAGGUCCUCAGACACAGUAGUACCGGGUAUCUAGGACUAGGGAGGGACUAGGAAGCGAAAGUUCUGAUCCAGCGAUAGUUUUGAUCCUAUUUUAGAGAUUUUUGUGUAUUUUUUAAAGAAAGAACUUGUUUCUAAAGAUAAUGUAUAUAUUUUCAACUUCUUAAAAAGCUAGGGAGUCUAAAAUUUGUAAAUCUUUUAAAUAUUUUAAUGAUUUUAUUAUUUUUCUAAAUUUUUUGUAAAAAAGGUUCAAAAAUCCCAUCACUAACUACUCUUUUUUGACAAAAAGCGCCUUAAUUUCGAGAUAACGACUACAGUAAUUAUCCGAUCACGAUGAUGUUGACUAGAAGGACAGGAAGCUAUAGGAAGAUAAGACCCAUUAGUAUAGUAUAGCCCAUAGUACACCCCCACUUGCAUAAUCCUGAUCGGAUUGUACUACUCUCAUCACACUGUUAUACAAAUAUUUCCCCCGAUCUUGUGUCUGAUGCUGUUUAUAUAUAUUUUUUUAAUUGUAUAUUUCUGCCGUUUGACGUUCCCCACAAUCAAUAAUAAUCUUUGUUAUGUAAUUUACGUUUAAAUAUGUAAAUAUGUAUGUUUGUGAAAUGUUUUUUUUUUUUCGCAUGUACCGUGUGUCAGUGUGGAUUGUGUGGAUUGUGGAGUGCGUGUGUGUGUGGAUAUUAUUAGAUCAGUGCUCGGCUUUGGGUUUAGUUCAAAUUGAAAAUCCUCAGAUCCCCGCCCCAUUUGCCCCCCCCAAGGAACCAGAGCGACAGUGUUUAAGCGACAAAAAUGGAGGAAAACAGAGUACAAAACCACAAACAAAUAUUUAUUUCGUCCUAAGACUAGAAGUUCUCGCUAAUAUAACACUCAUUAACAGUUAUACGAUCUAACGAUAUUGUAAUCGACGACGGUAAUCGAAGCAAGCGAUCGUCACUAGAAAAGAGAGAGAGAGAGCGAGAGAGGCUCAAGUACAGUCGGACUUUUCUAAACCAAACUUGAGGCGAUAGUUUUUUUUUUAAAUGUAUGAUUAAUUAAAAAAUAACAAAAUAUUUAAUUUAAUAACAGUGUCUGUUAAAAAUAUUAAUCACUUUAAAUAAUAAUCAAGCUAAAAACUUUGCUGAAGGAAAUGUAAUAAAGCCCCGUCUUGAAAGUUUCGUCUUAGGGAAGUCCGCCUGUAGUUCAAUACUCAUUAUGCCAGACAGAGAGAGUGAGAGAGAUAGCCGGGGGAAACUCUUGUCCGCCUUUCCCUUUCUGGCCUGUUAUCAAAGCCUUUGCCAUCGUCCUUGGCGUUGCGUUCUUAUCGCCCGCGUAUCAGGAGAAUAUAUAGUUAUUUUUUUUAUUUUUACUUUUUUUUUUUGGGUGGUUGGGAGGGUUUUUGGGGUGGGGGCAUUUGGGGAAAAUGUGUUUUUUUUUUGUGUUUUUGUUUUUUUUAGCGAAAUUCAGCGCAUUAAUCGCUUAAAAAUAUAAAAAAAAUAUCUAUCUAUAUAUAAAAAUACAUAUAUAAACUUAUACCUUUAAUAUACACUCUUUGUUUAGCUCAAUUUUUUGUUUGUAUUUUUAAUUAUUACUCGGAAGCGUUCGAUCGUUCGUUUUUUUAGUGUGUAAUUAAAAAUUAAAAGUCUAAUGUUAAUUUCCCAGCGAAUCGUACAGUGUUUGUUCAAACGAGUUGUGCUCUUUAAACACUUUUUGGUUUAUUUUUAAUUUUUACUUUUUGUUGUUAUUUGCCAAAAACAAAAAAAAAAAACAAACGAAAAAAAUGAGAAAAAGAAAAGUUACAAUAUGUAAACUAAAUUAGUACGUUAUUAUUUGUAAUUUAGUUAGUUUUAAAUGCUGAGCGGUAGUCUAUGUAAGAAACAUAAUGUGUAAUGUCUUUUUUUUAGAACUUGCUACGACCUAGCAAUUAAAACUUAGACUGUAAUUUAACAAUAAUUAAUUGUAAUAAUCAAUAACAGUUCGUACAGAUGAAAAAUUAAUAAAUAAUAAAUUAUAUUAUUAUAAAAAGUGUCUUGUUUUCAAAUAGAUGGUAAGCUUUCAGUUUGAAUUCAAAAAAUUUAUACCGCUACCGCCGAUAAGUUCCAAUUGGUGCGAUCGAACACGUUAUCGAUAAAAAUAUACCAUAAAUCCCAUUUCAAAAGGGACUAUAAAAAUACCAGAUUCCUGUUAGAUUGGCGGUUGACCAUCUCUAGAUUCUAAUUAGAUUCAAAAUGAUUUCAUAACUAUAAAAUGUUCUUAAAGGCUUGUUUUUGAAGAUUUUUUUUUUGAAAAAAGGACAAAAACUCUGCUUACACAGUGUUGCGUGUGUAUUUUUCUCACUUUGUUAGCUGGUAUAAGAGUAGAACAGUAGCACAGUUUUCAAAUUGGAAAUAGUGUUACCAUAAUUGCGUAUCUUUGGAUUUUAAACCGUUAGGGUCAUACCAAUCUGAAGAAGUCUCGGGACCGGGGCUGUUGAAUCCGAAUCCAAAUCCGAAUCGCCGCCAAGCCGAACGUCGCCGCUGUCGCUGUUACCGCUGCUGCCGCUGUCGCCGCUGUCUGUCUCGUAGCCGUCGGUGUUUUACGUGUGCGCCGCGUCGUCUGGUGUUUGUUAUUUUGUUCCAAUCGGUGACGGUUUUUUCAAAAAAAUGAAAAUCUGAAAAAAUGAAAUUUUUUUUAACAAAUUUGAAAAUAUUUGUGUGUUGAUACUCUGUUUUUUUUUUGGGUUAACCGAUGAGAUACAUAACUAUUAUUAUGUACAUGUGAUGAUAUUCGGAUUUGGGAUUUCGGAUUCGAGUUCCAAAAGAAGUGCAGUGGGAAAACUUCCCUACUCUUUCGCAGAUCCAGAAAUGAAAUAAAAAAUAAAAAAAAUAAAAAAUAAAUUUUAAAUUUUAAAUACGUUUGGAAAACAUAAUGCAUUUAAUUAAAGUAAAGACUAAACCCGCGUAAAAAUUCCCAAAAUAAUAAGAAACUAGCCAGAAAAACAAAAGAAAAAAAAGGAAAAGUCAAAAAAAGACAAAAAAAAACAAAGAAGAAACAACAACAGAAACAACUACUGCAGAAAGAGAGCCAAAAAGGCAAAACGACGGCCACAAAAUGUUGUAUCAGCUAAGCAAAGCCACUACUAGAAUCCGGCUUAAAAGGCAAAAGCAAAAGCAAAGGCAAACACAAACUCUACAAAA